CACAGUAAGUUCUGUUCUCAAGGUAGCUCCUCAGAUAAUCCAGCGCACCACCCACGAUUCCAAUAUUUUUACAAUCCUGAAGCAAUAAACUGCUCCACGGUGUCAAUCGCAGCACUCAUAUCUAACAAAAUCAGAACACCGCACUUCCCUUCAUCCAUGAGUACAAGUAAAUUGUUUACCACCGAACAGAGAGUAGUUUCUGUUGAGUUAAGCCUCCUGUAAGCAGACUGAUUAUCCGGUACAGCUUGCACCGCUAGCAGAUGCUCCAUUAGCUGAUCUAAGAUCACAUUUUCAAGUAUCUUGUUGGAUAGAAACGUCAAGUUGGAUACUGGUCUAAAGGAACUUAAACACUGUGGGUCCAGUUUACCUUUGACAGGUUUCACGAUCGCCGCUUUCUCACUCUCAAGAAAAAUAUUGUUUUCGGUGUUAGUGUUAACCAUUUCGGUCAUAAUAUUUAAGAAAUCACUAAAGUCUCCACUCUUAAUGAUGUCAUUUAUCGGCAAGGGAUCAUUAUCACACUUCGUCAGUUUCACCCUCAGUCUCGUCUACACGGCCGUGCUGUGUAUAGACGUGCGUUGUCCUGUGCUCCGUCCGUGGAUGCCCUGCCUUCCACGGAAUAAACGGUGUCUAGAGGACAUGGCUAACGAACAUUCCUACUCGGCGGCUUCCGGGCAGUGUCCUGCCCCUGAGGAACGGCGCCUGUGGUCUGAGGAGACUGAAGAGAUGGCCGACUCUGCCGAACUUGACCCUCGCCUUUGUUCGGAGGACCACGUGGCCAGCGCUAGCAAGCGGCUCAAGCCGGAUAAUCCUGGCUGCCUCUCCCCCACUGCCUCUCUUGUGUGCAGUCUGGUAGCUGAGACUGUCCUGGUCGACGGUGAGGUGCCCCUGGAGGACACGCACCCAGCCGCGCCCUCUGUUGCCCCGCGCCUAGACUUCCCCGCCGAGGCCGGGCUGACACCAGCCCAGCAAUACACGUGGUUUGCAUCUCUACUGAUGCAGCACGGUGAGUUGGAGCCGCUCUUCAAGGAGGGUAGGCUCCGACCUUAUCUCACGGUCAGGGACGACGUCGCCUUCUACAAGCGACUCCUCACUGAGGGGUUCCUCGACGUAGUUUUGGUCGAAAAUGCAGCGGAGCGGCAGCACACUGUCAUCAUCCACAAUGUGCCGCUCUACAUGAAUGCGAACCUCAUUGAGACCCCAGACAACUUUCUGUGGUUAAAGCGCAGGUAUGUGGGCACGGCCCCUCGCCCGCAGCUUCUUGGAGCGGUGGUUGGCCACGUCCCGACAGAGGUGCACCUCCUCGGGGUGGGUCGUAAGGCUGUGGAGCCCUACACGGCGGAGCCCGACAUCUGUCGCCACUGUUGCCGGUGGGGCCAUCAGGAGUGGCGCUGCAGAUCGGCCCCUCGGUGCCGGUAUUGUGCGGGCACGCACAAAUCAGCUCUGUGCCUCCAGAAGAUCCAGGCGGGCACACCCGUCCCCCGUAAGUGCUGCAACUGUGGUGGUGAGCAUAACGCCCACUACCACUCCUGCCCGAUGAAGCCUAAACCAUCUCGGGUCGCGGCGCCUGACCACCACCCUCAGCAAGGCCGCCCUAGGGUUGUGUUCCGCCCUGCUCCUCUCCCUCAGUCUUCGGCCUGGGCCCGGGGGGCUCCCACAACGUCCGAGUUUCCGCCCCUGCCGGGCUCGUCCGCCCCUGCUGCCCCAGCCUCACCCACUGCCACCCCUGUGCCUCGCCAGGCUCCUGCUCCGGCACCCCAGCCACAGCCUACCGUCCCCCCUGUGCCGGCUGCCAGUCCCCCCGCUGUCGAUGGGUCGACCCCUGUCCUCCAUCAGAUCCUCGCUGCAGUCACCCAGCUGCAGGAGACGCUGGCUGCAACGAUCUCCAGGGUGGCGGCCUUGGAGCAGCGAGUCUCCACGCCCCCGCCUGUGCGUGAGCUCUCCUCCAUCCCGGCCCCUGCUCCAGCUUCAGCCCCGGCCCCGUGCCCUGCCCUGCCGUCUGCUGGUGAGGCCAUGGACGCCGAUAGUGGGGACAGUGUGGUUCCCCCUGCGGGCCAGAUGCAGAACACCCCUGCAACCCCACCGGCUGUGGUGACUGCAGCUGCCGAGGGAACGGCCGAACCUCGCCAUGGCCAGACGGGUCCUUCACCUUCACCUGCUGAUCCUCCACUGCAGUGGGAGGCCACACUCCAGGUGCUGCUGGCGCAGUUUGCUUCCCUGACUCAGCAGGUGGCUGAGCUCCAUCAUCGGAUCACCCCACUCCUUGACCGGCAACCACCCCCUCCUGACCAGUGUUUGCUGAGUGACCACUUUGCCCUGGAGACGACCAUCCCGAUCCAGCCUGCCCCUGCUGUGUCCCGGAAGCGGUUGGCUGUCCCUGCUGCCCGGAUGCCGCGCCUCGUUGCCGAAGUCGGGGCGUGGUACCAUACUGUGAAGGGAUCCUUUACCGACGCCGCCUCGCUGUACCACGGCCUGCUGGACACCGUCGAGAGUUUUGUUGCAGCUGGCAGGGCCCCUCCAAGGCCCGCCAAGCGCCGCCUGCAGACCUACGCCUCGGACCCGGCUGUCUCCAACUGUCAGCGGACCCUUGCCUCGUACCAGCGGCGCUGGCAGCAGGACCCCGCCGAUCGGGCUGCCCGCGAUGCCAUGGUCGCUGUGGCGCGCCACCUCACUGAACUCAGACAAGAGGCCCGGUCACGACACUGGGUCGCCUUCCUUGCCAGCGUGCGCAAGACCCGCUCCCUGCGGGAGGUUUGGCACCAUGUCAACAGGGUGAGAGGGAGGACCAAACGGCUGGUGAGUGACCCUGACCCUGCGGGCCGGGCCCAGGACCUGAUGCGCCAGUGGCAGAGGGCCUCCUCCCUUGGUGGUCUCCCUGCACAACACCAGGCCGAACUUGCCCGCCACAGGAGCGGCGGAUGGCCCUCGUUCAGCACCACGUCACACUUCUGGAUGACACAUGUGUCCCCAUUACCCACGAUGAACUCCUUCUUGCCGUCAAACAUGACAAGUCGACAGCCCCGGGCCACGACGGGUUGA